CCAUAUUUCCAUGAAUUCUCUCCGUGAGAGCCUCCAACAAUUCAUGUUGAAGCGUUUUGUCGAUCUUUUGACCCGGACACAAUAAAGUAUGCCUCAAGGCGAUAAAGGACACUUUGAUUCAUUUCUUCAAAAAGUACGGGAAGGAACCCGGGAUGAAGUAGAACGAACCCUGGAUUUGGAUGGGGAUGGAGAGCAGGAAGCAACUGAAAGAAGCUACCGCCAGAAACUGUCUGACGCCCUUGAAGAAGGAGACGCCUAUAAGGUCUGGAAACUUCUAUCGAAUGAAGAAUUCAAAAACAUACCGCAUCUUAAGGACUUAAAUGAAGUUUCCAAAUCCGUUGCCGACAGAGAGGAAGUCAAGGAUUGGUUAUGUAAGUUUAUCUACUCCGAAUUGAAUAGCCUCCGCGAGAACAACGGGAAGGAAGAUUUGCCGAGCGAAGAAGAUCGAUUAAACCUAGAUAUUCAAAGCAACCCUCUGUGCUUAAGUCUGGAAUGGCUGUGGAGGAAUAAUCCACAGUCUCCUCAGCACGAGGAAAGCGAGAAAGGAAGCAUAAUUGAAGCCGCUCUUGAUAAUGCUUUUCUACUGGAAAAAAUGGCUUCGUACGAAAAUCACUUCAGCCAUGAUAAAUACAUGGAUCGUGCAGAGGAAUGUGAAAAGUUUGCCAUAGACAUCGUUGAGCAAGUAAACGACAACAAAGAGCUGCUGCACAAAGUCAUGGAUAUCGACGGAGAGGGAGCUUUGGUGAAGAAGGAGUCCAAUGAUUUUAUUCGUAGCUUGAGUCUGCUCAAGAUGGCUGCUAAUAAAGAGCGCAAAAUGUUUGUGGCAAGCCCAAACUGUCAAUUUGUUCUUGACGAAGUCAUCUACCGCGGAUAUCCUGGUUGGCGAAAUAGGGGAAUCGGGAUUAAAGCAGCCUGGUGCUUGCUCCAACUUUUACUCGUCAGCCUUACGAUCCCUUUUUACAUUCCACUAAAGUUAAUUCGCAAGAAUUUCCCGUGCUGCAGAUUUGAUUCCCACUGGCUGAGAAAGCUGUAUGAGCAUCCUUACUCGAAGUUUCUUAACCACACCAUGUCAUACAUUAUAUUUCUGGCUUUAAUCUUUGGGUCAUCUUUUGAGUACAAGUAUGUGCCUGGCAGAGCAGGCCUUACGUGGAUUGAUUUGGUUAUAAUGCCCUUCGUCCUUGGCCUACUAAUACAGGAAAUCGUGGAAGCCUGGAGGCAAGGUGCUUUCAUUUACUUCUCAAAGUGGUGGAAUGUUGUUGAUACAGUGAUUAUCCUCACAUUCAUGGGGGCCUACGGUCUAUGGUUGAUCGCGUGGGGCGUUUACGGAGAGUGGAAGCCUGAAAAAAAAGUUUUCAUCUAUGCAGAUGGCAUUUAUGCCAGUGCUUGCGUCGUGGCCUAUUUUCACUUGGCACACUUUUUCCAGGUCAAUUCAACGCUGGGUCCCUUACAGCUGUCACUUUACAAAAUGCUGAGAGAUGUCCUUAAGUUUCUUGCCAUCUUUCUCCUUCUCUACUUUGCGUUUGCUACUGGGGUGGCCAAGAUUUACUCGUACUAUGAAGCCUCUCAAAGAGAGCUCCAAAAGCGGGACACCGAAACCACUGACUACCAACUUUCUCAUCCAUUUUCAUUACAUACCAACACUUUCAUUGUCUUGUUCUGGUUGCUGUUUGGUGGUGGUGGACAGGAAGAGAGCAUUUCAGUGCAGGAUCAAGAUUUCACUCUCAUAACCAAGUUUGGUCGCGUAUUUAUGGGAGCCUACGUCAUAUGUACCAUCCUUGUUGCCCUCAGCAUGCUGAUUGCUAUGAUGAACGACACAUUCCACGAAAUCAAGAAAAACGCUGUUGUAGAGUGGAAAUUCUCAAGAACCCAGAUGUGGCUGGAAUGGAUCGACAAAGGCAACUCUGUUCCGGUUCCAUUCAAUAUUCUAUAUGAGGUUCUGUACAUUUUCUUUUGGUUUUGGUGCGGCUGUCGUGAAUCACUGUGUUUCAAAUGCAAAGAGAAUAACCAAGUCUCAAGAGAAGGUAUUCCCGGAUGCAAUUUUGAAAUAUGUGACGGCAGCAAGGACUCAGAAACUUCCGAUAAGAAG